UAUAAAAGGGCGCUUAGGAGGGAUACAUCGUCAUUCGAUCUGUUCUCUCGUCUGUGUAUACAUUGAUCGUACAUAGUAGCUCAAGAUGACUGGUCGCGGUAAAGGAGGAAAGGGAUUGGGAAAAGGAGGUGCGAAGCGGCAUAGAAAGGUUCUUCGUGAUAACAUCCAGGGUAUCACUAAGCCGGCCAUUCGUCGUUUGGCGAGACGUGGCGGUGUGAAGCGUAUUUCAGGCUUGAUCUACGAAGAAACUCGUGGUGUGUUGAAGGUGUUCCUUGAGAACGUGAUCCGCGAUGCCGUCACCUAUACUGAACACGCCAAGAGAAAGACCGUAACUGCCAUGGAUGUCGUAUACGCCCUGAAACGACAAGGCAGAACUCUAUACGGUUUUGGCGGUUAAGAACUGUGGAUCACUACAGAAUAUCAAUCGGCCCUUUUCAGGGCCACAAAUGACUCAAACGUUUGGAAAACUGGAGCUCUGAAAAUUUUUCAUUAAAAAAAUUUUCUAAUAACUGCUCUUAUAUUGUAAGCAGUCUAUAAUGUGCCAAUAAAUUAAUUUGUGAAUUGUGUUUAAAAUAUACAUAUAUAU